AUGCAGAAGGAGAUUAAUCACCUAAAGAGGAGCUUGCGCCAUGAACGGCGAAAGCGAGCUCCAUCUCAUUCUGACUUCUCUUCUGAUGGUGAAGAGGAUUGUAGCUAUAGGCACAGAUCAAGGACUCUUCCUAGCGAGUCUUUCUCAUUUGAUAAGGACUAUCAUCAUAAACGCUCCUCAGUAGGCCUGGGAAAUGACGCUAUGAGUAAAGCACUUAACCAAAUUUCCAGGUCACCUUUCAUGUGUUGGAUCGAGGGAGGGAGACUUCCUCGGCGGUUCACUCAGCUUACAUUUACUAUGUAUAAUGGUAGAACAAACCAUGUGGAGCAUGCCAGCCACUUCAAUCAAAGAAAGGUUGUGCACUCCAAGAACGAGGCCUUGAUGUGCAAAGUAUUCCCAUCCAAUUUGGGUCCUAUGGCGAUGAGGUGGUUUGAUGGUUUGAGGGCAGGUCCCAUUGAUUCCUUCAAGGAACUCACUCAGGUAUUUGGAUCCCACUUUAUUAUGUGCAGCAGGGUUCCUCGGCCCUUAGCUUCCUUGUUUUCUUUGUCCAUGGGAGAAGGAGAAACCCUGAAAACAUAUUCAGACAGAUAUUGGGAGAUGUUCAACGAGAUAGAUGGUGAUUUUAACGAUGUAGCCAUCAGCAUAUUCAAGCUCAGCCUACUUGCCAAGCAUGGGUUAAGGAAAUCUUUGACUGGGAAACCUGUUACAAUUGUACGCCAGCUCAUGGAUCGAAUUGACAAGUACAAGAGGGUUGAAGAGGACUAG